AUAUCUCUUUCAGCUUUCAUGUAAUCAACACCGAAGCAAGAGGCGGAGAGGCGAAAGGUUAAUGCACAGAAGCAAUAGAGAAGACAGCCACGAUGAUAGUUCGGAGGAGAGUGUGAACGACAAAGAUGAGGACAAAGACGAAGACGGAGGUGAAAGUGGAGUCGGCGGCGGUGGGUCUUCGAUUCGGAUGCUUCCGCCGAACCACCAGUCGUCAACGGCAUCUCUGUCAUCUUCUAUGAUAAAUCACCGGAAGAGUUUCUUGCCGAUUCAUAAUCUUAAUAGCAACAAGCAUUUCAGACCGCUCACGGCGUUGAAGGUCAUCGACGAGAUGAUUGGCGUUUCGGUGCCCCGAAAAGCACGGUCAGCGUCGACGAAGAGGUCUGACGAAUGGCCUUCUAGUUGCGGUGUUGUCGGAGACCAAAUUCACCGCCAGGCUUCAACGUCCCCUGUUCGGCCGAGCGAGUGGAGCGUUUUCUUCUAAGAUGACGUCACCAUCGUUCUUCAACGAGCGCUUUCUCUCUGUUUUUCUCUGCUCACUCAAAACCGUUGGAUCUUCUGUUGAUGUAAACUCCCUGCGUUGUUGUCGUGAUCGAUAGAGAGAGCUCGAUCAAAAGUGAAACCCAAAGAACUAAUAAAGGCCUUGUUGCAAAUGACAAUGGAAACCGACGAGACCACAGAGAAGGUCAACGCUCCCAUUGUCCCUAGCUGAAACCUCGCUCCUUCCCUCAUCUUUUUUGCCUCCGACCCAACUUUAAGCUAUCCAGUGUCCAUAAACAACCCAAAAAUGAGAGUAACAGAAACCGAUAAAUGGGCAAUCUGGAGAACUAGAUGUUGAGUUGUUUGGAAGGGAUCAGAGUCUCAGAUCUGAUGGAUGGCUGAGAUCAGUUGGAGGUCAAUGCCCAAUUGGUUGUGUUGUCUCUCUGUGAUUUGCUUGUGGAAUUGGAGACUAUUGGUCAGCUGAUUCAACAGAGAUGCACCUGAGUUUCUCUUUCUCUCUAUAGAUUGAAUGGGUGUCUCUGUGUGUGGGUGUUGGGUUUCUGCAGAUUCACGGUGGAGGUAUGAAAAAUUGAGAGAGAACCAACAUAGUUUUU